GUUGUAUUCCACGUCAAAUUCUCAGGAGAAGGUACCGAGACAUUCCGCGUUAUCUGCAUGGAUAUGAUUGAAAUCAUAUCUAACGGGAAUCAGAACUAUCUGAAACCUUUCUCCGUCAUUUCCUGCGGUGCUUCGCACAGCGCAGUAAAAAAAGCAGACGACAAGGAGCGCCGCCUUUGAGUACAACUGUACCGAGAUGUUGGGUUCACAGCCGUUGGCGAGUUCAGGGGGUGUUCGAUGUGUUCAUUGCUUUCCUGGAAAUUACCUAAACUCGACCCGAUGUAAGCCCUGCCUCCUAGGAACGUAUCAGGCAGUUCCGGGUCAGCUGAUCUGUGACGUAUGUCCAACCGGAAAACACGUCACAGAGGACAGAACUAAAUGUCUAGAUUCGGUGUGUGUUUCUACUUUCCUUUCCCAGAAGACCCAAAAUAUUGAUUUAACGUGUACCUCUGAGAGUCAAAUGUGUAUGUCCACCUGCUUGGGUGGGUACAUACAAGAUGACGGGGGACUUUCUACAGUGUAUAACUGCAGCGGAGAAGGAUGGUUUCCUCCUCUUAAGAGUUGUAUAAAAUAUGAAUAUUCCACAUACAAUGUUGACCUAGAAGCUGUCUAUUCAACCAACGACGCAGUGGCGGCCACUUGUUUAAGUCAAUUCCAAGCCUUUACUUCUGCUCACAGAGAUUACUUCCAAACAAACAUAUCUACCUCCUGUAGCGAACUUCAUGACGGUAAUGUGACCAUUGAAAAUAUAACUAUUGGAUCCAUCGCAUUCCAAAUAAAGAUGACAUUUCAUCUGAAAUUUUAUGGAUCAUGGCCAACAAAAAUAAUGGAUGUGUGCAUGGACAUAAUAAAAAUUACUUUUCAAAGUCGGACGACUUAUCUCCAUCCAUACACAGUCCUACAAUGCACGGACGGGCGAACCAAUGUGACCAAAGUAUCGGCACAAAGAUCCGGCGAUGUGCUUAACUGUCCGGAUGGACGGCUCAUCAUCAACUCCACAGAGGCGUCCUACUGCAUUCCAUGUUCAGCUGGGACAUUUCAAAAUGAUUUGAUAUGCUUACCGUGUCCCAAUGGAACUUAUCAACCAAUUCUUGGCCAAAACUUUUGUCAAAACUGCUCUGAUUGGACAAAAGUAAACGAGGACCGCACUGAAUGUCGACUAGAAGUGAUGUUAUUACCAAAUGUCACAGAGCAAUCAACGGAAUUGACUACAACAGAGCAGACCAUAACAACUGAUUUAGCAGAGACAAAGGAAACGACACAAAACGUCUUUACGUCAAUUUUGACAAUAUUGUCAACGUCUGCGUCUUUGACAACAACGGUUGUUACCAUAGAAACGACUGAAACAUCGACAGAGAAAUCCACGAGCUCUUCACCGACUACCACAGCACUGCGGACUACCAAAGGUUAUACAAUUCCUUGUGGUUUGGACCAACUUUCCUCAGCCAUUCCAAACUCAAAAUACACGCGCGCUGCACACAACCAAACCUGUACGGUAGAGUGUAGCAGUGGAUAUGUCACCAGUGAGGGGGAGGCGUCUGUAGAGUACAGGUGUGAGGGCGAUGUGUGGACUCCAAACCGGAAACUCUGUCUGGAAUACGAUAUUCCCUUUACGACAAGCGCCCUCUACACGACUUACAGCACUGUGGACCAAGUAGCUUUGUCCUGUCUUCAAGAUUUCCGAGAAAUCACAGAAAGAAACAAGGACCUAUUUCAGAAGACCAUCACAGACUACUGUGGGGAUUUGGGUAUAAACGCUGGGGGUUUGAAGAUCGAAAACAUCACAUCAAUUUCACUCUCGUUUCAAAUAACAAAUACAAUACUGAUUACGUUCUACGAAGAAAGCGUUGACGUCCGUGAGGUUUGUCUUGACUAUAUCACGCUGAUAUUUCUUAACGUUCCUUCUCUACUCAUGCCGUACUCUCGACUCAACUGUACCUCAGGGUUAUCAGACGUUACCAAAGUGUCCGCCAGUCACGGCAGUCCGUCCUAUAGCUGUAAUAACAGGACAUAUCUGGUGAACAGGACAAGCCAAGUAUAUUGUGUUCCCUGUGCCCCCGGAAUGUACAUAGUAUCCUCUCAAUGUGUCCCUUGUCCUGAAAGUCAUUAUCAACCACUUCCGGGUCAGCUCACAUGUGAACCAUGCACUGAAAACAGGACGGUGGUGGAGAGUGAUACAAACUGUACAGAAAUAGUUGAUGAUGAAAAUGAUUUCAACUACGGAAAAUCACAAGUAGGACCCACAGGCCUAACGGAAACGGAAAUAAUCGUCAUUGCAGCGGUAUCUGUCUGUGUGGUUUUUUUACUUGUUGUUAUAGCAACAGUAUACUACUGCAAAAAGUCUAAAGCAGCAAAAGAGAAGAACAUCUCAUGCAGAUGUGUCAGGUGAUGUUAAGUCAGCAGACGGUGUGUCAGUCAAAUCGGACGAAUACCUCAGAGGAAGUCAUGCAUAAAGAACUGAUUCCAAGUAAAAGUAGUUCCACUAACGAUCCAAACUGGACUUACCAGGACGAAAAAAUCGAAAAAUCCACUUUUGCAAGUGCAAACGAGGCUAAAGCAUUGGACGUCCUAAAUACUAUAAUUGACAUUAAAAUCGACAAUGAAGAAUGCAUUACAGCACAGCCACCUGUAUUCGAGAACGUCCGAGAAGGAAAAUGGUGGCCGUUACGUCAUAAAAAUGAAAGCAAUGUAGCUGACGUCAUCAAUAAGGCUAAAGAGACAGAGCCUGAUAAGACGCCAUGCAGAACUCUCAGUGAUUAUGACAACUUCCAGAUAUAUGUACCGGAACCGGAACUCUCAGGUCCGGAUUAAAAAGCUUUAUGAGUUUACAAAUGUAUAUUUCACAGCGAUAGCGUGAAGCAAGAAAAAAAAAUCAAAAUGUUUGUAGCAUUAUAGUCAUAGAAUUUUAUAAAGUAGGUUCAUAUAAUGUUAUAUUUUUAGGAAUUUUUAUUGUAAUCAUGUACUAAUUUAUUAUUUUGUCUUCUUUUAUAUCUUAUGAAGAACGACAGAUUAAGCUUUGACGCUUAACUUUUAAUAGACAUUUUCACCGACAUACAUACAUUUUUCCCUUUUCAGCUUUAAAUAUAUUCAAAAUGCUUACAUGAAACAGAGAGAAAAAAAAAGAGAAAAAGAUGUGCUUGAUUGAAUAUUAUUAUUCAGUGCCUCAAAAUUCAUUUAUCUAAAAUGACAUAGUUUUCUAAAUUGUACAUGUAAUUAUAA